AUGAGCGCGGAUCUUCCGGAUAGGUCUGCCUCUCCGAUUUUGAUGGACGAUAGUAUUAUAAAUGGGUUCCGAGCACAACUAGAGCAUUCAGCGGACGAAGUUCAACCGGUUUCAAUACCGACAAGUUUGGGAGACAGUGAGCAAACUCGGCGGGAAUUCUUUGAUGCCUUGAAGAAGGAUUUUGCGAAGGCUACAGCAAAUUCGACCAUUGAAGUCGAGCGGAUUGUACCGUUAGAUCAUGAACUGAGGUAUGUUCUUGCUUUUCAUCGCUUUUGUUCUUGGUUUAGAUUGACAGUCAGGUGGGAAUCGAGAUUUUCCGAUAUUGUACUUGAUGAAGAUAAGGUUUUGUUAAUUUCUCGGUGAAAGACGAAGAUAGAUGGGUGAUUUUGGAACUCAAAGAAUAGUUAUACUGCUACCUUUCUAUUCUAAAGCCUUACAGUUGCUAACCUUCAAGUUUAUUGGAGGUUUGAUCAGUUUGUUGUUGACGUCAAGAAUAAUAUCGAAAACUUUCUCCACCGAGUUUCCGAUUCUUUUGAGAGGUAGAAUUGAGUGGCUAUUUUCAGCAAGAACCUUUAUACCUUGAUAUUUGAUUCAACUACGUUGAGCACGGUUAUGGCCUGCAGCUACGACCCUGGGUUAAUAUUCCCCAUCUUCAACGCGUACAAAGAGUGGGAAGAGGUUGCGAUCCUUAUCGGAAGGAUGUAUAAGUAAGGUUUUACUUUUUUUGUUCUGUUUUUAGGACGAAUCUUAUAUUACACUUGCCCUCCAUUUUAGUCGAAUUCUCGAUUUGGACAGCCUCAAAGAGCUUUGCGGAUGGCUGAUCCUCAUAUCAGGUCAUAUUCUCUCUCCAAAAUACGAAUCACAAACUGGAGAGAGUUCGAAAGACAUUUUCGAAAAGCUCCUUCCAUUAUUUCAAAAUGUGAUUUCCUACACGUCGGCACAGUUUCUAGCGAAUGAUGUUACCUGUUUUGUAUCGUAUUUUGGUCAAAGAUUCUUUGAUCAGAUUUUUGGAAUCGUGGAUUACAAGAUUUUCGCCGGAUCCGUAAGAUUUUAUAUUGUUUUAGGUAUCAAUUUAGGAAAAUCGUUUAUAACUUCAAAGUUUGUUUACCGAAUGAGGUGGAAUACGAAGGAGGAUCGUUUAACGUCCUUAUUUUUGUAUUUACAUCAUCAAUUGUCAUUUUUUGGCCGAUUUUUUAUUAAAAUUUUUCAUUUUCAGUUCUCGGGUUAUCGAGUUGAAAGUGCGUUCAAUUUCUUGACAAGUAUGGCAUAUCUUCUGACUGCUGGAUGUGUGGAAAAGCCCGUUACGAUGUCAGAGGCAGAUUUCAAAAGCGAAACCUUAAAAUUGUAAGUUUUUUGAUGUUGGCCUAGGCAUGUGUAAUAUAAAAUUUUUUGAAUUUUGGUGGAUCUCACUGUCAUAAUUGAUGACGAAGAUGUCCUUAUCGUAUUUUACAAAGUAAAACUCUUGAAAAAUUCAGAAAGUUAUCAGAAAUUGCAAUUUAAUGUUGUUUUAGAUAUCAAAAUUUCAAAAAUUGCCCUUUUUGACCUUAAAAAAGUUGGAAAAUUACUUUCUAGGUUCUUCUCAAAGUACUCAUGCUUUAUGCUGCCUCGAAUUUUCUUCAACAAGUACCUCGCCGCCCAUAAAGAUGAAAUAAUGGGCUUCAUCGGACCACACGUGGAAUCCUAUGGAUCCGUCGAGGAAUACGUCGGGAAGAAUCUUGCCUUCAUUUUCGAUUAUUUUAUGCUGAAUAGGAAGACACUCAGCGAGGACAAACUCACGUCCGCAAUUUAUCAUUUUACUGGACAUCCAUUGGUAAGAUCAUUGUAAAAUUGGAUGAGAUUUGAUAAAAUUUUGAGUAGAAGUUGGAAAUUUAGUAGUUAAAUGGCAAAUCGACUGUUUUUUGGGCGAAUGUCUGGGGAGUUUCCGUUAAUUUUUGCACUGUGCAAAGUCGUAGGCUUUUUAUAACUGAAAUUUUGCACAGUGCAAAAAUAUAGGCUUUUUACAACUAAGAUUUUGCACAGUGCAAAAAUUUAGGCUUUUUAUAACUGAAAUUUUGCACAGUGCAAAAAUAUAGGCUUUUUACAACUAAGAUUUUGCACAGUGCAAAAAUUUAGGCUUUUUAUAACUGAAAUUUUGCACAGUGCAAAAAUAUAGGCUUUUACACAUAAGAUUUUGCACAGUGCGAAAAUAUAGGCUUUUUACAACUAAGAUUUUGCACAGUGCAAAAAUUUAGGCUUUUUUGUAAAUGAGAUUUUGCACAGUGCGAAAAUAUAGGCUUUUUACAACUAAGAUUUUGCACAGUGCAAAAAUUUAGGCUUUUUUGUAAAUGAGAUUUUGCACAGUGCAAAAAUAUAGGCUUUUUAUAACUGAAAUUUUGCACAGUGCAAAGUCGUAGGCUUUUUAUAACUGUGAUUUUGCAAGGUGCAAAAAUUUAGGCUUUUUAUAUCUAGAAUUUCGCACUGUGCGAAAAUAUAGGCUUUUUAUAACUGUGAUUUUGCACUGUGCAAAAAUAUAAGCUUUUUACAACUAAGAUUUUGCACUGUGCGAAGUCGUAGGCUUUUUAUAACUGUGAUUUUGCAAGGUGCAAAAAUUUAGGCUUUUUAUAUCUAGAAUUUCGCACUGUGCGAAAAUAUAGGCUUUUUAUAACUGUGAUUUUGCAAGGUGCAAAAAUUUAGGCUUUUUACAACUAAGAUUUUGCACUGUGCAAAAAUUUAGACUUUUUAUAACUGAAAUUUUGCACUGUGCGAAAACAUAGGCUUUUUAUAACUGAAAUUUUGCACAGUGCAAAGUCGUAGGCUUUUUAUAACUGAAAUUCCGCACAGUGCAAAAAUUUAGGCUUUUUAUAACUAGAACUUCGCACUGUGCGAAAAUAUAGGCUUUUUAUAACUGUGAUUUUGCACUGUGCUAAAAAUGACCUCGUUUGAUUUUUUAUGGAUUUUGAAGACUCACAAUGACUUUUCAGGACCAUUACGUCAAGCGAAACACCUUCCAAUCCAUUUUGGUUUGCAUUUUCCACAUGGGAACGGACCGAGAUGUAGCUCUUUCGAUGCUGAAAAGAAUCGCCGCCGCGAAGGCCAUCGAGUGGAAUGAUUUGGUGCGAAAUCAGUUCCUCGGCCUCAUGAUCGACUUGAGACAGGACCUAAUUGAGCAGCCGUACUUUGGCGAGAGAAAAAAAGUCAUCGCGUUGGGACUGACGGAGUUUGUGAAGGCGAUUAGUAGCUUCAUUUUGAACACGGUGAGUGGAAUUGUAGGCUUAGAGGGAGGUAAUGGGAGUUGGAAGGGGUUUUGGGCAGUUUGGAAUGGUUUUGGAUGCUCUGGAUUACUGUAAUUUUUGAAAUUGAAAUUUUGAUUUUGAAUAGUUUUUAUGAAAAAUAGGGUAAAUUGAGGGAUGCGUAAGCUGGGCAAUAGAUUUUUCAGAGAAUUUAGACUAUUUGAGAGGCUUCUGGGAUACUGUAAUUUGAAAAAUUUCGACUUUUUGCUCAAAAACCGACUUUUUUUGCAAAAUUUUGAUUACAUAUUACAAUUUAGGGGUGCAAAAGGAAAAAUGAUUGGUAUAGAAUACCCAGUAUGGCUGGAAAUUUAUUUGGGAUACUGUAAUUUAUCCUUUCGGUUACAUUUUUACUGUACUUCCUCAAAAAGUUUGGAUUUUUCCCAUUUUUUUUAUUUUUAGCAUGUCGCCAAAAUUUGCCACACCCUAUGGAUUUUAAAUUCGCCUGUGGAGAACUUUGCUGAAGUCUGGAAGGCAUUAAUACCUAAGUUGGACCUUAAAAAUCUGAUUAAAAUGAGGUUCAAAUUGCUAUUUUACUUCUUGCAAAUCGACCAGUUUCAAUGUUUGGCCGAUGUGUAUCUCAAGGAAUUGGAUCGAAAAAAGAUUACGUAGGUCAAUUCUUUUCGCUGGAAUAUUUUCAGCAAUAAAUACGAGCGAGAAUCGAUCGAUAUUAAGUUGCUUUACUCGGCAAUCUUCCAAGUCCCCAGGAAAUGCAGUAUCAACCCGAAUGUGGCCGAAAGUAAGUCGUUUUAAACCUGAAAAAUUGGUUUUUGAAAUUUUUUCAUCGUAUUUUACAUUUGCAAAUUUUAAAUUUUUUUGCACUGUGCGAAAUUUUAGUUGAAAAAAGCCUGCGAUUUUGCACUGUGCGAAAUUUUAGUUUAAAAAAGCCUACGAUUUUGCACUGUGCGAAAUUUUAGCUAUAAAAAGCUUACGAUUUUGCACUGUGCGAAAAUUUUAGUUGAAAAAAGCCUACGAUUUUGCACAGUGCGAUUUCGUAGUUGAAAAAAGCUUACGUUUUCGCACAGUGCAAAUUUUUAGUUGAAAAAAGCCUACGAUUUUGCACUGUGCAAAAAAUUUUUUUUUUUUUUUUUGAAAAAUCUCAAUUUUGAUUUGUAAUUAGUUGCCCUCUCCGCCAUGGAACAGAACGUCCAUCUGACCCCAUUUAUCCUACCAACAAUUUCUCGUCAACUGCUCAUCGAUUACUCGGAUUACAAUUCGAAAGCCAAGUUGUUGGAUCGGAUUUUCGAGCUGUCCAGACAAGCCAACACGAUCCUCGAGCUCUCCACCUUGGCCAGUUUUGUUGGCCAAAUCACAGCAAUCGAUCCGAAAGCCCUGAUGGACACUCCGACUUGGAAGGACGACAGCCCCAAAACGAAUAUGGCUCUGUAUACGGAUGAAGUGGGAGUAGGUUGGGAGGGCGGCACUGAGAGGUUUUGAGCGAUUUUUAGUGUAAAGGGAACGAUUGAUUUAGGGUUUGGUAUUAGUCUGGCCAUUUUUUAAUAUUACACUUGGUAUCUUUGAUGUUUUUGAUCUGUUUUUUUAUGGUUUCUUGAUAGAAAAAAAGGCAGAAUAAGCAAUUUUAUAGAUGUGAGAGCAUUAUUAAGAAUCGUGGCGAUAAAUUUGAAAAAAAUCGCUGAUUUUUGCCUGAUUUAAACCUUUUUUUCGAUUUUUUUAUCGGAAUAGUUUCCUGAGGAGCGUAAAUUUGCUACACCUUUAGCAUAGGCGCUCAAAAUAAGUCUCAUAAAAAUCAUUGAAAAUUUGGGCUCAAGCUUUGUGUGGAGAUCCGAGGUGUUCAGCAAUCUUUGCAGACAGGAGGUUAUAGAAAAAGCAGAGACGGUCAGAGAAAAGGGGAUCUCUGGUUGCGUUAAUUUGCACCAGAAAUCAUGAAGGUUUUAAUAAAAUCUUUGUUUAAAAAGUAGCGAUUGUUUGCUGACCGUCUCUCCUCCUUUUCCAUAAUCUCUUGCUUGCAAGGGAUGUUGAAUACUUCGGAUCUCCACAAAACGCAUGAGCUGAAAUUUUCUGUGAUUGUUAUGAGGCUUGUUUUAAGUGCCUAUGCUAAAGUUGUAGCAAAUUUACGCUUCUCAGGAAACUAUUCCGAUAAAAAAUCAAAAAAGUUAUUUCAGGCAAAAAUCAGCGAUUUGUUUCAAAUUUACCACCAAAAUUCAUUUUAAUAAUGCUCUCACAUUUCUAGAAUUCCUUAUUUUACCUUGUUCUCUCAAGAAACCUCACGAAAACAGAUCAAAAACAACAAAAAUACCAUGUGCAAUAUCCAAAAAUGUCUAAAACAACCUAAUGCCUCAAAUUCGCCUCCAAUUUUAGCUGGUCCGAAAAUUCGUUCACGAAAUCUUCCGCUGGCACAUCGAAGCGCCAUCCGGCGGCCAGUCGGACAUGGCCGCACUGUGCCUUCAAUACAUUUGCCAGGACCUGAAGUUCGCAGGCCCCAAAUUCCAGAAAAUCCGCGAAGAAAUGCCGGAGUUGGGCCCCUAUGAGACGGCGACAAUAACUGCGAACAAUAUCACCGGCUACUACAUGGUCCCAAUUUGUCGAGCCGAGUACAAGGAGCGGAUCAAAAGCCACUCCAUGUGGUUGGUCCAGUGGUACAGAACGUUGAGCCGAGAGGUAAAUGGAGGGUUUGUAGAUGUUUUUGAAACGUUUUGAUUAAUUUUGAGUCAUUAUGGAUAAUUUUGGGGCAAAUUUAAAAAUGGGCGGAACUUCAGAUUUAAGUAGGCGGGACUUAAAAAAAAAGUGUUAUUUUGGCGAAAAGUAAAUGUUUUCAGGAAAAGAAAGGACUUUGAUAAACGUUCGAGGUAUUUUGGAAGGUCCUGGAAGCAGUAGAGGAAAAGGGGCGGAGCUCCGCAGAGCUUCGCUGGAAACUGGGCGGAGCUUCGCCUGAAAAUGGGAAAGCUUUAAAAAAAAAGACGUGAUAUUUGGUGGAAAAAUAAAUGUUUUAUGAAAACGAAGGCUUUGGUAAAAAUCUGAGCUGUUUUGGAAGGUCAUGGAAGCAGUAGAGGAAAAGGGGCGGAGCUCCGCAGAGCUUCAACUGAAAGUGGGCGGAGCUUCGCCUGAAAGUGGGAGGGCUUAAAGAAGGCUAAAUUUUUUUUCGAAAAGUAAAUGUUUUCAGGAAAACGAAGACUUUGGUCAAUAUUUGAGCUAUUUUCGAAGGUUCUGGAAACAGUAGAGAAAAAGGGGCGGAGCUCCGCAGAGCUUCGACUGAAAGUGGGCGGAGCUUCUCCGGAAAAUGGGCGGAAUUUGUAAUAAAAGCACUGGAAUUUUAUUGGAACUUAGAAUAGGUUAAGAUUAGCAUUUUCGAAGGCAUUUCAAAGAGUUUUAGCAUUUGCUAUGCGGAAAAAAUUAAAAUUUUUAGCUCUCGAAAAAUCAAAUAAAUUUUUUUUUCGAUUUUUUUCGUGAUUUUUUUGCUAAAAAUGUCGUUUUGUCUUCAUGAACGAAAGAAAAUAUUCCCUACCACGGUUUUCAGAUCAAAAUGAUCCCAUUCGUGAUCCUCGACGCGCUUUCCAAGUCCCAUUCCGGCGAAGAAAUGCCCUUCAUUUACGCCGACUUCCUGCCCGUCGUCGUCUUCCAAUGCCUCAACGAAUUCGACAAACACAAGGUGAACGAAUUCCUCAUCACCGAGGCGAAACAUGUGUUCGCCGCGGUGAAAAAGGACUCCCCCGCGAGACGCGAAGACAUCAGCGAGAGUUGCCAGACAAUCUUCCAAUUAAUCGACGAUUUGUAUCGAAUUGUCGCGAAGGACGCAAAAACAAAGAAAAUCAAAGUAAGCGGAAGGGAUCACCGGAGAUUUGGGCAGCAAAUUUUGGAUGAAAUCUCGGUUUUUUGGGCUCUGAAAGCAGUUUUUAUAUUAUAAUAGGCGAUUUUGGAUAUUAUUUUAGAUUUUUUGGUAAUUUUUGAGGGAUUCUUUGUUGAUUUUUGAUGUGAAGGGGUAAUAUGUGAAUUUUUGGGCAGCUGAAAGUAUUUUCUAAUUGGCUUUUGGUUCAGAAUUGUAGCCGGGAUAUUAAUUUAGGUGAUUUUGGAUAUUAUUUUUUAGUUUUUGGUAAUUUUGAAUGGUUUUAGCAUUGUGCUUCGAUGUGAAAUGGCGGAAGAAGGAUGUUUGUGUAUUGGGGAGUAUUUGUAGCAAUGUUUUGUAUUGAUUUUGAUUAGAAUUUUUUUAUCCAAAAAAAUUUUUUUUAAUUUUUUUGAAAUUUUUUUAAAAGAAAACUUGGUGUUUUAUUAGAGAUGAAGAGAAAAUAAAAAAAAAAUUUUUCCACGUGAAAAUCGCUGAGAAAUGGCCUAAAUUCUGUUAAAAAUCCGCACAGUGCAAAACCAUAGGCUUUUUUCAACUAUGAAAUUGCACUGUGCAGAAUAAAUUUCAAAAGUUUUUUUUAUUGGAUUAACUCUGGGAUUUAUAUUUUAGCUAUUGAAAAAUGAGUUUUUACACCUUUUUAAACCGGUUUUCAGAAAGAACUCCGCUCGAAUUUGCUGUAUUUCAUCGAAGAAAGCCUAAAAUACCGAAUUUGCCCCGAGGACCUGAUGCCGGCAUCGGUGGAGGCGGCCGAAUCCUGCGACAAUUUCUACAGAGCACAACGUCUUUUGGAGCAAUAUUCGAUAAAGAAAGACGGCCGCGGAGUACCCGGCUACGACAGAAUGAUCUUUGAUCUGGUCCAGUCCUUGAAUUUUAACCUCCAGGAAUUCGAAAACAACGAAGGAGCAUAUGCAAUGAUCUUGAAGAAUGACAAACCCACGGAUUUGCAGACGAUCAAAUGCGCGUACGCCAGAGGGGACCAUCAUGAAAUAUUACCCAUGAUUUCAGGGGAAAAUCGGGUGAGGAGAGGGAGUUUUGGAGUUUUUUUUUGACUUAUGAAGUGUUUUUGAUACCCUAAAAUUUCAGAAAAAAAUUUCCGACUGAUAAAAUUUUCAAAAAAAAAAAAAAAUUUUUUUUGCACGGUGCAGAAUCAUAGGCUUUUUUCAACUAAAAGUUUGCACUGUGCAAAAAUGUAGGCUUUUUUCAACUAAAAAAUUGCACUGUGCGAAAGUCUAGGCUUUUUUUCCACUGCAAUUUUGCACUGUGCGGGAGGAACAAAGGCUUGAGUUUUGAAGGUAUUUUUAGAAUUUUUAGAGUGUUUUAUGAUGAUUUGAACCGUUUUCUCGUGUUUUUGAAAAAAAAUUUUGCGACCGGUUGAAAAAAAAAAUUUUUUUCAGGAGUUUAUGGUCCAUUUCCUCCAAUUAUUCAACCAACCAGACCUUGUCAUCUCUUAUAUUGCUCAACGAUUCUCACCCGAAGAGCGACGCUUUCUGAAACGGGACUAUCCGGAUGUUUAUCAAGUACAAUGUCAAGCAGCCAUUGAACUGGGCAAAUGGGAAUUGGUCGACACGGAAUUAGGUAAAAUACGAUGAUAUAGCGCUUAAAUUUCAAUUUGAAGCGGUGCCAUUUUUUUGGUAUCCUGUGAUUAUGCACAGUGCAAAAUUGUAGGCUUUCUUGAACUAGAUUUUUGCACUGUGCAAAAACGUAGGCUUUUUUCAACUAGAAUUUUGCACUGUGCAAAAACGUAGGCUUUUUUCAACUAGAAUUUUGCACUGUGCAAAAGCAUAGGCUUUUUUCAACUAGAUUUUUGCACUGUGCAAAAUCGUAGGCUUUUUUCAACUAGAAUUUUGCACUGUGCAAAAACGUAGGCUUUUUUCAACUAGAUUUUUGCACUGUGCAAAGUUUUGAAGAACUAAAAAGUUAAUAAUAGACUGAAUUUUUGUUUUGAAAGCAUUUUUCAGACCGAACCGAAGAACUGAUACCGAAAAUUGACACCAUGGUGGAUAUGCGCGAAAUCGGCCGAAACAGCGGCCGAAACUCGGAAGAAAUUCGAAUUGAUCCCGAAACCAGCAGUAUUACGCCAGAAACAAGCGGAAAUGAAGAGGAUCUUUUGGCGUUUGUCAGUGAUACCGAUGAAGAAUCAGAAAAUGCCCAGAGGGAAAAUGAAAAACCCGGGGAAAACGGGGAUAACGCGGUUGAAAAAGAGAACGGUAAGUGCUGGGAAUUGAUGCGUGGGAUGUUUUGGAGAGCUGGGAAGUGUGUUUUCGACUUGGUUUUGUGGGUAAGGCAAGAGGGGACCGUUUGAAAAAUUUGUUAAUUUUGAGAUUUGUUUGAUCUUAUUUGAUGAUAAAGGGCAUCGCAGUGAGAUGAGAGUUAUUUUAUAUCUUUUAGAUAAUUUUUAAACUAAUAAAAUAAAAAAUAUCAAGAAAAAAGAGACCUUUUUGCAAAUUUUUCCCAUUUUUUCGAAUUUUCAUACCUAAAAUUGAAACUUUUUGGCCAGGUUGAAGAAAUACUUGACUUAUUGCCAAUCUGAGAGUUUUUUCAGCCCCAUCAACCGACAGAAAACGAGCUCCAGACCAGGAUUUGACCCGAAAAUCAAAGAAAACCCGACUCUCUUCAAUUGCCAACGGCUCGGUUUUGGAUGGACUGAAUGACACGAAUAUGGUCUUUAAAAAUAGAGUUGACUGCACAGAUUUUGUUGAAAAGAAGCCGGAGGUCGAGAUCACGGAGGAUUCCAGCAUGAUGGACAAUGUUGUUUCAGGUGGUCUAGGAGGGAAAAAUGGCGGAAAAAAGGUGAGAGGAGGGUAAAAUACGAGAAUCUUGUCUAUGUACUUAUAUAUUAGGGCCGACUACGUUAUGUGGAAUGUUAGAGAUUGUUUUUUUUUUCUUGAUUUUUACGGAUUUUUUGAGGUUUUUUGAUAUUUUAGGUGUUUUAUUUUUUUUUGUUUUUUUUUUGCUAAAAGAUGGGUUUAAAUUGCAGUUGAUGGUGUUUAGAAUUGAAGGGAAUUUCAGAAAGAAUGAUUAUGACAUAUUUUUUAAUUCAGUUUUUUUCUUUUUUGAGUGAAAUUUUGAGAUUUUUCCCCGCACAGUGCGAGAAUUUUCGACUUUAAAAAAAUCCGAAUUUUUCUUUGCAGAAUGUCGAAAUUCUCGACGAAUCGAGAAUCCCAGGCCCUGAGCACCCGAUUACCGACGAUCUGGACCGCUGGGAACUCCUCGAAAAGUACCGCAUGGACACUGUAACGGAAAAUGCGAAACGCUGCUACAACGAUUUCGAAGAAGGCAUGCGAGUUCUCGAACCACUCACCAAAUGGACCCCCUAUGAGGACUACGACCCCAUCUACGACCCCACCGAACAGCACACGUUCGGCGCGGACCUCACCGUCAUCCUCCAGAAAUGCCGAACGAAACGGUUCGAGGAGGCGAAAAAACACUUGAGCCUCGCACAAGUCUACCUCAUGAAGACCCUGGCACAACAAGGAGUGGACAACACAAGACCCUAUAGCGUCGGAUACGAGUUUGUGCAGGAUUUACACACACUGGAGGACUUGAAAUUGGCUUGGCCGCAGCUCUCGGACCGCUCCAUGGAGAAUAUCUGGAAAAAAGUGGAUCCAAAUGAAACACAGGACAGCAUCAUGGAGAUUUCUCAGACCAGUGUGCAAGGUAGGAGUGGAGGGAUGGGGUUUUGAGAUUUUUUUUUAUUAUUUUUUUUUUUUUUUUUUUUUUGAAAAUUUUGGCAAGGGGGGACCAAAGGAAAUUUUCAAAAAUUUUUGUAAAAUUUUUGAAGUUUUUUUGAAAAAAGAAUGACCUGAAAAGUUUUUAAGGAGACUUUUAGGGCAUUUUAGAGUAUAAUUUUUUAUGUGAGCAGGGUAAGAGGAGACCAAUUGGAAAAUUGAUUUUUUUUUUUUUAAUUUUUUGGAUAAUUUUGGGGUUUUAGUAUACUAUUCAGAAUAAAAGUUAGCUUCAGGUAGUUUGAAAAGUCUUUUGAAGGCUUGAUUUUGCCUUUGGGCAGGGUAAAUUGGUUAUUUUCAAAAAAAAAAAAAUAAAAAAAAAUCCAAUUUUUCCCUCAAAUUUUUUUAUUUCCCCCCUUCAAGUUGAUUUUUUUAACCUUCAGGAACCCAAUCAGCCCUCCACCAGUCCGUAAAACAGAUCCUGGACGCGUGGACCGCGCGCGACCACCUGGUCCGACAAACCCCCAAAGAUUUGGAGCCGAUCCUGCGGAAUCGGCGCAACAUUUUGCGCUCACUCCAUCGACCGCAAAACGAAAUCAAAGACGGACUAACGAAACUGCUGGUGCAGAGCGCCAGACUGGCCCGCGAAAACGACAUGACGCACACGGUCCUGCCGCUCCUCACCGAAGCCAAAAAAGACGGCUCCAAUAUGCUGGAGUUGGAGAUUGAACGGGCCUACUAUUACAUGGAGAAAAAGGUGGGAGUUUUGGCUCGAUUUUCGGAUUUUUUGAAUAUCUUGGGGAAGUGCUCCAAGUGCGACGCCCAGAUUUUGAUGAAACUUGGCACAAAUUUAGAGCAAUUUUUUCUAAGAUAUAUGCGAGAAUCCUAGCUCGCGCUUUGCAGAGACAACCGAGAUUUUUAGAUCUUAAAGUGGGUGAAAAUUUAGGACUUUUUGCCGAAUUUCGGCACGAGAAUUUUCAUGCCUAUUUCUGCCGUAAAGGAUAAUGUUUCCACAAAAAAUCAAAUUUUUCCGCACGAAACUGCCAAAGUUAUGGCCAAAAAGCGCCUUUCUCUCUGACCGCUCUCCACGUUUAGCGUGCUCUCUCGGCGGCAAAAAUCGUUCGAUAUCUCGGCGGCGCCUGCAAAGCGCGAGCUAAAACUUUCAGGAAUUGAUAUUUAGUCCAUGCCCGACGUUUGUACAAAAUUUAAAGAAAAUCUGAGCGUCGCACUUGGAGAACUUCCCCUAUGAGCCAGUUUUUGGGCAUUUUCACCGUUAAAACCCCAAUUUUUCAAGGAUUCCUCGAAAAAUCCGGUCCAAAUCAUGGCGCGCGCCAUUUCCGACUACUUCCCCCUCUGCUGGGACCUGCUGGAAACCCAAACCGAGGAAGCGGACAGCGGCUUCAAGCACCCCCACAACUCCAAGACGUUGGCCCACCUCGCCGGCCAGGAGGACACGAAACGCUGGGAGGAAUCCAUGAUCACCAUGCUGGACAUGAUGUCCACGGAACAAAUUAGCGGCUCCUCGAAGCUCCUGAAGCUGUGCAAGAACCUGGAGGCACUCGGAGCCGCCAGUGAGCUGUUUUUCUACAGAUAUACGAUGUUCGUGGACAGCGCCUUCGAAGUGGUAGGGAAAUUUUGGAAAUUUUGCAAUUUUUUGGGAUUUUUGGAAAUUUGAGCGAUUUUUUUGGGUUUUUUUGGUAUUUUAGAGGAAUGUCAGGACAAUGAGGCUGGUUUUAAUUGUUAUUUUCGGAUUUUUGGAACCAAUUUUUUUUUUGGAAUUUUGAAAUUUUUUGGUUUUUUUGAAAAAUUUUUUUUGCGAUUUUUUGAGAAUUUCCGGAGUGGAAAGGGUUUCAGGCACACUGAGGAUUAUUUUGGAUGUUUUUGCGAUUUUUUCAACCGAUUUUUUCUUGGAAUUUUGAAAAUUUUUUUCAAUUUUUUUUUUUUUUUUUUUUUUAUUUUGAUUUUUUUGUGAAUUAUGACCCGAUUUCAGCCCCAUGAUCAAGCAGCUAGACUGUUGAUUCGAUUGUGCACCGAAACGAUGCGACGCGGCGACACUUUCCAACACGAAGUCAUGCCCAGAAUGGUCACCGCAUGGCUGGAUUCGAACCGGGAAUUGGCGAGGAAACAGAAAAAAGAAGCUGAUAAGUCGAGUGUGAGCCUUUUUUGGACAUGGGUUUUGGCAUUUUUUGGUAUUUUAGAGAAAAAUUUGCAUUUUUUUAUUUUUUUUUUUGUUUGCACUGUGCAGUUUUGUAGUUGAAAAAAGCCUACGGUUUUGCACGGUGCGAAAUUUUAGUUCAAACAACAUUUGAUUUUUGCUUGGGAUAUGGCUUAAAAGCGUUGAAAAAGUCAUGUGAGUCGCAGCAUCUUUUUUUAUGAACCGCAUAUUACAUAUUUUUUAAACUUUUUUUUGAAUUUUGCACUGUGCAAUUUUGUAGUUGAAAAAAGCCUACGGUUUUGCACUUUGCGAAAUUUUAGUUCAAAAAAGGUUCGAUUUUUGCUUGGGAUAUGGUUUAAAAGCGUUGAAAAAGUCAUGUGAGUCAUCGCAUCUUUUUUUAUGAACCGUAUUUUACAUAUUUAAAAAAAAUUUUUUUUUUGAAUUUUGCACUGUGCAAUUUUGUAGUUGAAAAAAGCUUACGGUUUUGCACUGUGCAAUUUUUAUUUUAUUUUUUAAAUUUGUUUUUCAGGCUCCGCCCCCUCCACCCAAAGAGGAAGAGAAGUUCUUUGUGACCACUUACGACCCCCCAUUCGUUCUCAUCAGAAAAGCCUUCAACGAUUUGCCGAAGAAGAAAUUUUAUCUGGUCUUCUCCCUGCUAGCCACAAGACUCUCAAAAGCCGAAAAACAGGACUCCGAUGUGGUCAUGGAGAUCAUGCGGUCGUUGCUGAAUGAAUACCCACAUCAAUGCACGUUGCUCUCAAUGGGCGAAGCGAGAUGUUCAACGAAAAAAUGUGAGAUUUUGAGCUUUUUCGCGUAAAAGUUGAUGAAUUUUGAGGGAAAAUCUACACAGUGCAAAAGUAUAGGCUUUUUUGAACUGGAAAAUUGCACAGUGCGAAAAUGUGGGCUUUUUUCAAUUAGAAAACUGCACAGUGCAAAAAUAUAGGCUUUUUUCAAUUAGAAAAUUGCACUGUGCAAAAAUGUAGGCUUUUUUCAGCUAGAAAAUUGCACUGUGCGAAAUUAUAGGCUUUUUUCAACUAGAAAAUUGCACAGUGCGAAAAUGUAGGUUUUUUUGAACUAGAAAAUUGCACUGUGCAAAAGUAUAGGCUUUUUUCAACUAGAUUUUUGCACUGUACAAAAAUGUAGGCUUUUUUCAGCUAGAAAAUUGCACUGUGCAAAAGCGUAGGCUUUUUUCAAUUAGAAAAUUGCACAGUGCAAAAAUGUAGGCUUUUUUCAACUAGGAAUUUGCACAGUGCAAAAACGUAGGCUUUUUUCAAUUACGAAAUUGCACUGUGCAAAAAAAAUUAAAAAAUAAAAUUUUUUGCUGAAAUUUUGAUUUGAGGGAAAAAAUACGAAAAGUUUAUGAUUUUUUUGACCCUAUAAUUUGAUUUAUUUUAGUCGGAGAACGAGCGGAAGCCAUGAACAGAGUCUUCGAACUCGCCAAACAACACGACAGAAAGGUGAAACCAGUCCUCGAUAUGUAUCGAUUUUUGGCUGAUAAUCUUGCCAGGUAUUUUUUUUUAUAUUUGAAAAAAAAAAUAUUUUUUUCGAUAAAAAAUAAUUUUUUAAAAAAAAAUAUUUUUUUAAUAAAAAAAUUUUUUUUCAGAAUUUCCUCGAUAAAAAUCAACGCGGAUACGUUGGACUUGAAGAAAAAUUUUGUCGAAUUUAUGAGCUUCAUCCACACUGGACAUCGCCGAGUGUCAGCGGCAAAUAAAAAGAACAUCAUGAAACCGUCGAUCCCGCUGUUUUUCAAAUACUUGGAUAGCCCGUUUAGAGAGAUUCCGAGGGAUUGUGUGAUGAUUCAUGAGGUCGUCAGCGAUUGCCAUGUAGGUUUUUUGAAAUUUUUAAUUUUUUUUUUAUUUUAAAAUGAUUUUCGAUUUAAAAUUUUUUUUUUGAUUUUUUUCAUUAAAAAAUAUUUUUUUUGGAUUUUUUUAUAAUUUUUUAUUUUUUUUUUAUUUUUUUAAAUAAUUUUUUAUUGUUUUAUUAUUUUUUUUAUUUUUUUAAAUUCAUUUCUGAUAUUUUUUACGAAAUUUUUUAUCAAUUUUUUUGUUAAAAUACGCUAUUUAUUCAUUGAAUUGAUUUUUUUAGGUAAUAAACUCCUUGGCCCGCCCAAAACGCCUCACUUUGAUCGGAACCGACGGAGAAAAAUAUGUGAUUCUGUGCAAACCAACAGACGAACUGCGAAAAGACAUGAGAUUCCUGGAAUUGGCAACGGUAAGGGGUAAAAUACGAGUUGAAAAAAAAAAUUUUUUUUUAUUUUUUUUUUUUUUUUUUUUUUUUUUUUUAUUUUUCAAUGUACCGAGCAAAAAAUAAUCGAUUUUAGAUGCUGAACCGACGAAUGUUGACCAGCAGAUACACGAAAAACAGGGAUUAUCGCAUUAGAACGUAUCAUGUCGUCCCGUUAGAAGAAACUGGCGGAAUCAUCGAGUGGAUCCCCCACAUGGACACCUUCAAUAACUGUAUUCAGAAUGGAAGAUGCACAAAUCGAGACGCAUUGGCUAAAUUGAGGGAAAGGGUGUCAAAAGGAGUAAGUUUUUUUAUUUUUUUUCAAAUUUUUUUUUAUUUGAAGCUGUUUUAAAAAAUUUAAUGGCCUUCUCACCUAUUUUAAAAAUUUUUACGAUUAUUUUUUACUUUCAAAAUGUGAUUUUCAAUGUUUUUUGACAACUUCUUUGUGUUUGCACAGUGCGGGUUUUUUUGAAAUUGUAAAAUACGGAUUUUUAUAUUGGCUGCUAACUUUAUUCGUCUUUUUAUGACUUCAAACCACUUCUAGGGGUACUGUAAUACGAUUUUAUAAACCAUUUUUUAUUUGGGGUUCUGUAAAAUCGGGACUGAAAUAUUUUCGCACGGUGCAGAUUUUUUUUUAUAAUUUUUGAUGUUUGCAUAUGUGUAAUUGAAUAUUUUCUUAUUGAAAAAUGUUUUUUCUGUCUCUGGGAUACUGCAACAUUGAUUGUAAUAUGAUUCGAAUUUCAUCCCCUCAGGAAAUAACACGUGGAUUUUUUGCACUGUGCGAAAUUUUGAGAGUUGUAAAAUACGAAGUGGUUUGAUUAUAGCUUAUUAUUCAUGGAUUUUGCAAGAUUUUUGGAGGUAUGUGGAACACAGUAACAUUAAAAUAUUUGAAGAUUCAGUCGAUUUUUCCUUGGAAUUUUGAGUCCGAAAAAUCUGCACAGUGCAAAAAUUUGUUUUUGUAUAAAAUGUGGUAGAUUGAGGUGUGAUGCUAAUUUUUUCGACUGCUCCGGUUUUGUUGACUCAUAUAGAGUACUGUAAAAUCAAAAAAUUUUGGGGUUUAUACCGAUUUUUUCCGGAAUUUUGAGUUUGGAAAUUUUGCACUGUGCAAAAAAUGAAUUUGGCUAUAAAAACGGUAAAACAAAGAUUUUGGUGGUGAAAAAUGGAAUAAUUUCUUAUUAAAAUGGCAUUUUUCAGCGUCUGCCCAAAGAAGAGCUCUACCGAAUCUACAAGGACAAGCUGGUACCACUUUUCCACGCCGAAAUGGGAAAUUAUCUCCGAAAGACCGCGAUGAACCCCUCGGCCUACUACCAAAAGCAACGAAACUACACCGUAACCACGGCCGCAAUGUCAGCUCUCGGCCAUAUUGUCGGGCUGGGCGACCGGCAUCUGGGAAAUAUUCUUGUGGACGCCACAAAUGGUGACGUCAUGCAUGUGGAUUUCAAUCUAUUGUUCAAUAGCGGGGAAAUGUUGACUGUUCCUGAGGUAAGGACGAGAAUUUUUAUAUAGUUUGGGAUUAUUUUGGAGGGAAAUUUGAGAAUUUUUGAAAAUUUUUUGACUGCACUGUGCGGAUUUGAAAAAGCGGCUAAAAAUGGCUAAAAAUUUUUAGAUUUUGUGAGUGAAUAUGGAUGAUUGGGAGAUAAGAAGAAGUGAAAUUGAGCUUGGAACGAGGUUCGUGGAAAGAGCGAGAGGUUUGGACCUUAUUUUAGAUGAUUUAUCACAUUUUUUUGUCGAAAAGUUGGUUAGAAAAUUGGUAAAUUGGGGAAUUUUGGGGAUGAAUUUGAGGAUUUACAAUCGUAUUUUUUUCUUUUUAGAAUAGACAACGUAGUUUGCACUUAUUUUUUAAUUUUUUUACGGCGCGGAUUUUUUUUUUUGCACGGUGCGAAGAAAAAUAUUUUUUUUGCACAGUGCGGUCACAAAAUUUUUGUUUGCACAGUGCAAUCGAAAAUAUUUUUUUGCACAGUGCGCACAGUGCAAUGUGAAUUUUUUUUUUGCACGGUGCAGUCACCAAAAAAUUUUUUUGCACAGUGCGACAGAAUAAAAUUUUUCGCACGGUGCGAUCACAAUUUUUUUUGCACAGUGCGAUGGAAAAUAAUGUUUUGCACAGUGCGGCGAAAAAUAAUUUUUUGCACAGUGCGGUCACAAAAAAAAUUUUUGCACAGUGCAGUGUCAAUAAUUUUUGCACGGUGCAGUCACCAAAAAUUUUUUGCACAGUGCGACGGAAAAUAAUGUUGAUAAAAUAAGCCAAUCAAUUGUAUGACAAACUAUUUUGGGGCAUUUUUUUGGCUUUUUGUUGAACGAAAAAUGUGGUUUUUAGUAGAUUUUUUUUAUUUUUUUUGUGUUAAAAUUUUUUUUUCAGAUAGUUCCAUUCCGUCUAACGCGAAACGUUGUCGACGCCUUCGGCCCCACCGGCGUUGAAGGACGGUUCAGGAUCGCGUUUGAGCGCAUAAUCAAGUUCCUCCAGGCCGAAAAGCCCGCGAUUUUGCGGAUCUUGAAGAGUUUCAUCUACGACCCACUGAUCGAUUGGCGAAUCGACGACGAAAACGACCACGCCACCUACACUCGACGCUCCAAUUUGACGAACAUCAGUGUGCAGGACCGGAUUGAGCUGGUCCGCGACCGCCUGGACGGAUAUUUGCACACGACAAUACAACCCAAAAUUGGACCCAUCACCGACGAACGAGUCCUCGUCUCCAAGCUCAUUGAACUCGCCAUGGACGAAGAGUCAUUGUCCCGAAUGUAUUUUGGAUGGUCCCCGUUCGUGUAG